CUCCGAUUUUUCUUUACCGCUUCAUUUCACUUCACACUCGCCAUCAUUCGCUGGAGAGUUCUUUCGCUGUCCGUCUGUAUAACGCACCAUGGCAGACCCGGAACCUACACCAGAGCAGCUGAAAGAGAUUGCAGCGAGCAUUGAUGACGUCGAAAACCCCAUCGGCUACAAAGCUCCCGCCCAGAAGAGCCUACAGGAGAUCCAGGAGCUGGACAAAGACGAUGAGAGCCUGCGCAAGUAUAAGGAGACACUGUUGGGUCAAACCAAUGUGAAUGCAGAUCCCAGUGUUCCUAAUGUCCAGGUGACACGAAUGACUCUGCUAUGUGAAACGGCGCCACAAAAUCUGGUCCUUGAUCUAACAGGAGACCUUGAGGCCUUUAAGAAGAGCCCAUUUACGCUGAAGGAGGGAGUUGAGUACAAAAUGAAGAUCAACUUUAAGGUCAACAAAGAGAUCGUGUCAGGCCUGAAGUACAACCAGGACUCAUUCAGGAAAGGAAUUAGAGUGGAAAAGUCGACCUACAUGGUCGGUAGUUAUGGGCCCAGACCAGAAGAGUACGAGUACAUCACCACCAUGGACGAGGCUCCCAAAGGCAUGAUGGCCCGUGGCACCUACACCAUCAAGUCCAAGUUCACCGAUGAUGACAAGCAAGAUCACCUCUCCUGGGAGUGGACCCUCGCGAUCAAGAAAGACUGGAAAGACUGAUUCCUCAACGUCAUCCUUCGUCACUGUCCUCCUGCUUUUUCUCUCUCUUUUUCUCUCGUGUUGUCAUUCCUGGAUUAUUUGUUGAUCUAAGCUUUCGCUCUCUCCGUCCAUCAA